AUCAGAAUACUAUCGUCGUCACAUGACAGCGACGGGCCUUCUGCUGUGAACCAAGCCACCGACUUGGUACUGAAAGCUUUUAAUAUCGUUUACAGAUCACUGUGCCUGUGAUCGAUUUCCGUCAUCCUGACGAAAAACCACUUUAGUAGUUGCUCCAAUUGUUCAUACGAGGUGUGGAUUAACAUUUGGUCGUACCUUUUCCCGAAGCAUAGUUACUAUCAGUAGAAAUACGCACAAAAGUCGACGAUGAAGCUGCAAAACGUACUUGGCUACACCUUUACAGGCCUUGCCUCGGCGGCUGUUUUAGUCUCAGUUCUAUUUCAUGUGUUUACUGGACGUGGUGAACGAGUCAGCAUUGGAUGGUUUUUGGAAAAUACAUCUCCUUAUAUGUGGGCUUGUGUGGGAAUAGGUCUCACUGUUGCCCUUUCUGUUGUUGGUGCUGCUUUGGGUAUUCAUACAACUGGAGUAUCAAUUAUUGGAGGAGGAGUAAAAGCUCCUAGAAUCAAAACUAAAAAUUUGAUAUCAGUCAUUUUCUGUGAAGCUGUUGCCAUUUAUGGUCUCAUUACAGCUAUUGUUCUAUCUGGCAUGCUUGAAGAAUUUAAAGAAGAAGAUAUUAUCAAUAGUUAUGAACUAAAAUCUCAAAAUUAUAUGGCUGGACAUGUCAUGUUUGGUGCUGGAAUUGCAGUAGGGUUUGUAAAUUUGUUCUGUGGUAUUGCUGUAGGAAUUGUUGGUUCUGGCGCAGCACUUGCUGAUGCUGCUAACGCAGCUCUUUUUGUAAAGAUACUCAUUGUAGAGAUUUUUGGCUCUGCUAUUGGACUUUUUGGGCUGAUCGUAGGUGUUUACAUGACUUCGAAAGCCAAAAUGGGAGUGGACGUCAAGUAAAUAAAUUUCAUGAUAAUUUCGUUAGAAGUAUUGUCACACAUCUUUAAAAAUAAUUGUUAAUGUUCUUUAAAAAAACAAAACGUUUUUCAUUACCCUUGUAUCUUUUAAAAUUACAUCAUAAUUUUAUUAGGAAAAGCUAGGUCUCAACCCAUAAAGAAAUAAUACUAAAAUUUGUUUUUGAAAACGUGACAUUGUUGAGUGAAUGAUCUUGAGUGCAAAACAUAUAAGUAAAAAUGUGUAAAAACUAUAUUUGGUUUUCUCAAAUUUAACAUAAUGAAUUAUUUUGAGAUAAAUUAUCAACCAUGAAACAAAGCAGUGAUCUUAUUGUACCAUCAUUGCAAAUAAUCAUUAAUGUAAAUAUUGUUUAUGAAUAUAUGUUGUUCCAAAAAUUUUAUCGAGCAUUAAUUUUUUCUCCAGAUUAACGCAUUGAAAUGACUUAAAAAAUAGUUGCUAAAAUACACACAAAGUAUUGUACACUUAAAAUUGAUUCAUAUCAAUAAAAUGAUUGAGCUUUGUCUUAUAAAAUUUAA